AUGUUGGUCCCUACUAAAUCCCUGGCAUUGCCACUCCUCGCUCUAUGUUCGAUUGCAUCAUCAACUCCAUUGGAACCACGUCAUGCCGCACCCGGCCUUAUCGAUGGCAUACUCAAUGGUGUUCUCACAGGCAUUGAACAACUCAUUGCGGACGUUCUGUCUGGCAAAAAGUCACCUAUCGACAACACCAAGACGAACAAGCCGUUGACCUGCUCAUUGUUGAGUAUCGAUAAAUGUUGCGUUUGGUACGAUGUCUCUGCGGAGCUCACCAAGCUGUUUGUCGACCCCAAGGACAAACAAUGCAACGACAACGCUCGUGCCGCAGUCCGCAUGGGCUUCCACGAUGCCGGGUCUUGGGAUAAGAAUGCUCUCAACGGCGGUGCCGAUGGAUCGCUACUCAUGGAAUUCGGCGAGCAUGAACGCCCAGAGAACAAUGGCCUUCAGGGUAUUCGCACAAAACUUCGAGAUGUACAAUUCAAGUACAAGGUCGGAUACGCUGAUCUCGUCCAAUAUGCGCACAAUCACGCAACAAUAUCGUGCCCGAAGGGGCCCCGCGUACUUACAUUCGUUGGCCGCAAGGAUGCGACCAAGGCCGCGCCCAAAGGACUCCUACCUGACGUUCAUCAAGACGCCGACAAAUUGAUCGCCAUCUUCAAGGACAAGGGUUUCUCGCCCCACGAUCUCGCAGCACUCGUAGGCGCCCAUGCAACAGCCAAGCAACGAUUCGUGGACGUCCGCCCAGAGGUCGUCGACAAGCCCCUCGAUACAACCCCCGGUGUCUGGGACGUCGAGUUCUACAACGACACUCUCAACAACCCCUCUGGUGGCAGUGCUGACCAGAAGGUCUUCGUACUACCAAGUGACAAGGUGCUAUCGACACAUCCCAAGAUCGCCGAUGAGUGGAAGUCGUUUGUUGGUAACCAGGUCCACUGGAACCUGGACUAUGCGAAGGCUUACAUCAGGAUGAGUCUGCUGGGUGUAGAGAAGAAAGAUUUGAUGAAGUUGGACACAAUGGCAAACCAAUUCUUGAGGGCGGCGGCUCGCGCCGGCGUUCGAGCGCCCAUGGCUGCUUCCCGCGGAUUCCAGACAAGCGCCGUACUGAGGCAGGAUACUGUUGUUGCGCCAGUGAAGAAGCCCGUUGGUGCUUUCAGGGGAGGGUUAUUUGGCUUCCUUCUCGGUGCUACCGCAUCCGGCGCUGGCAUGUACUACUAUGUCAUUGACGAAUACCGCGUAUCGAACCAGCUCUUGACCGAGGACAUCUACGCUCUCCAAUCCGCGGUCCAACGGAUAGAAGGUUACGUUCGCACCCUCGAGGACAAAGUCGAUGCGAAGAAGCGAUAA